AAUAUCGCAUCAUUAUACACACAUCCCAUCUCUAGCAUCUACACCGGCGUAAACAAGCUAAAGUACACAAAAUGUCGAAUUUCGUGAAUAUGGAUAUCUUUUCAAAUUACCAAAAGUAUAUAGACAACGAGCAGGAGCUACGGGAGAAUAUUCGCCUUGUGGUGAGGGAAAUUGAGCACCUGGCAAAGGACGCACAAAUCAAGUUGCAAAUAAUUCACAGUGAUUUAAGCCAAAUUAGCGGCGCCUGCGGCUCAGCCCGGAAGCUAAUCGAAGCCUGUGCCGAAAAAUAUGUAAAAUUGGCCACAUUGGUGCCACCAGGGCAAUACUACAGGUACUCCGAUCAUUGGACCUACAUUACACAGCGAUUGAUUUUUCUCAUUGCCUUGGUUAUUUACUUGGAGGCGGGCUUUUUGGUGACCCGCGAGACAGUGGCCGAAAUGCUGGGCUUGAAGACCAAGCCGGGUGAUGGCUUCCAUUUGGACGUCGAGGACUAUUUGCUGGGCAUAUUGCAGCUUGCAUCGGAGCUGUCGCGGUUUGCCACGAAUUCCGUCACGAUGGGCGACUAUGAGCGACCCCUGAACAUCUCGCACUUUAUUGGCGACUUGAACACGGGCUUUCGAUUGCUCAAUUUGAAGAACGAUGGCUUACGAAAGCGGUUUGAUGCCCUGAAAUAUGACGUGAAGAAGAUUGAAGAGGUUGUCUACGACGUCAGCAUACGCGGCCUGUCCAACAAGGACAACAAGGAUGGAGAUCAGUCAGCAGCAGCAACUGAGUAGUUUAGCCUAUACUCAGACCAAGUCUCCACUCUACUUAUUAUAUGCAUUCAUCUGGAUAGUUCAGUUUAUAUUUAAUCUAAGAAGAGACUCUACCAAGAGCAUUGAUAAUGAAACAAGCGAGCGAUGUUAAGCUUGAAAGCGCAUUGUUCCUGUAUUUAAAUAUAUCUCAGUAAUGUAUGUAUGUAUGUGUAUGCUCCAUCAA